GGAGAGAGAGGGAAGACGUAAUGGUUUGAGUCCGCCGUGCACAACACUUGCGAUGGUCGUCGUCCUGAUAUUACUCGGCAGAUUCCUUGAACGGGAGCUGCAAUGAAGGCGGGGGCGUCUUCCAUGUGGGCGUCUUGCUGCGGGCUGCUGAAUGAGGUGAUGGGCACAGGAGCAGUGCGGACCCCACAGCCUGCGUUUGGGGCAGGGGCCGGGCCAUUCCGCUUCGCCCCCAGUGCAGGAUACUCCACAUACCCCCCCACUAGCUCAGGGAGUGCUGGGCAGCUGUGCAAGGCCUGUGGGCUGGCUUUCUCUGUCUUCAGACGCAAGCACAUCUGCUGUGACUGUAAGAAGAGUUUCUGUGCCCUGUGCUCCGUGCUGAUGGAGAACCUUCGCUGCUGCACCACCUGCCACCUGCUGCGCAGCACGGCCUUCCAGAGAACGCGCCUCAUGCAGCUCCGUGUCAAGGACCUGCGCCAGUACCUACUCCUGCGCAACAUCCCCACAGACACCUGCCGCGAGAAGGAGGACCUGGUGGACCUGGUACUGUGUCACCAGGGCACUAGCGAGAGCCCCAAUGCAGUGCUGGAGCAGGACGAAGAGGAAGAGGAGGAAGAGGAGGGACCUGAUGAAGAUGAGGAUGGAGAGGAUGGAGAGGAGGAUUCGGACAGUCUGCAGUCCCCCGCACAGGCCUCCCCUCCCUCCGCCACCUCCGCCUCACAACUGUCCGUCCUGUCUGCCUCUCAGGGAGAUGCUCUGAGCCCCAGCCAGAGCUCAGGCACCAGCAGCCAGGAGCAAGAGCAAGAGGAUAAUACAACAGCUUCACUUCUAAACUUGGAUCCCACUGAAAACCUCAUGGAGGUCAGUCCCGCCACUCAGAGGAGGAUCAGAGCCUCUCUGUCUGAUUUGGACAACGAAGAGGCCAUAGAGAACCUGUCUGUGCGGCAGCUUAAGGAGAUUUUGGCCAGGAACUUUGUCAAUUACUCUGGCUGCUGUGAGAAGUGGGAGUUGCUGGAGCGAGUGCACCGGCUCUAUAGAGAAAACGAGCAGAACAGGAAGUCCAUGGAGAAUGUGAGCAUCACAGCAGAUGGCGUGAAGUCGCAGCUGUCCCUGGAUGAGAACCUGUGCCGUAUCUGCAUGGAUGCCAUCAUAGACUGCGUGCUGUUGGAGUGUGGGCACAUGGUCACCUGCACCAAGUGUGGCAAGAGGAUGAGCGAGUGCCCCAUCUGCCGGCAGUACGUGGUCAGGGCAGUGCAUGUUUUUAAGUCUUAAAGUGUUAUGCUCUCAGGCUCUGGACAGUCUCUGUGGUGGAACUGCGGUGCACGGGGUCUACAGUGGUCAUUGAUUAAUUCGCGCUCACUGUCCAAAAGCAGAGUCCUCUCCCCUCCAUACGCCACACUUGGACGCUACACAGCGGAGGUAGCGGCUUGACCAACAGCACCACCCCCUGGCAGAGGCGCAGUCCUGCAGAUACUUGAAGUAAUGUUGGAUGGAGAUUACUGUUUACACAGCAAGGCGGCGUGACCGUGGUGUUUCUCCCUCACUGUUCUUUAGGAUGUGCAAUAUGAGAAAACAAAGACUUCCACAUGUUUUUAGAUUAUGAUUAUUAUACAUUUAAUUUAUGCACCUAAUUAUGGCAGGACACACUAAAGAGGGGUGCCAAAUGUCUUGCCUUUUAAACAUAUUUGGUUCAUGGCAUAUGCAUCUCAUAACCAGCAACUUCAAUUACAUUUUUGUUUCCUCUCUAAUGAAUUAUCAGUGGAAAUCAGCAAAACAGAUAUUUUUGGUAUUAAUUGUAUGUGACUACUCUUCGUACACUAGGAUUUAAUGAGCAAAAUGCAUAGUACUACAGCAGACCUGAUAGCCCUAAGAAGAGUCGGACAAAAACUAACCAUUAAAUUCACUACAUAGAAUAUUGAAUUGUUAUACACAGAAAACAUCAACUUGAAAGAUGUAUGGGAGCAUGGGUGGUCCAAAUUUAAAGUGAUUUUCAACUUAAAUGUAAACAAACUCAGUUAUUUCCCAAAUGUUUCUUACUUUACUGUGUAUCCAGCUCAAAGGUACUGUAGGUGCUACUUUAACAUCACUAGUACUGUUGUAUCAAGCAGACAUUUGUAGACAAUGCCUGGUUUAUUUUAACUUAUGCAAUUAAAAGUUGUUUUUUGUCAUCGUCUAACAAAAAUGUGUACUAUGCUUGUGGUCUGUUUCAAAAAGUUGUUUAACGUAAAAUGCAUAAAUGGUUAUUAAAUGUAUAUUUUUACACUUGGAAGUUGGUAGAUGAAAAUAAUAGUCUAAAGGUUAUGAAAUAAAAUGCACCUUUUCAGAAUGUAUUUCUUCUAGUUCUGCUUUCUUAGUCACUUGUCUCACUGGUCACAUUCACAUCAGACUACCAGAUUUGAAUAAAAGUUAAUUUCCACAGGAACAAUCUUUGAAUAAACUACAUAUCAUAAAGACAAAUUAUCUGGUCAACUCUCUUUGCAGUGUGAACAUAACCUCUUAAUAUGUGUAAUUUAUGUGGUAUUUCUUUGUCCGCAAUGUUAAUACCGUAGACUGUAACUGGUCCAUUUGUACAGCUGUUUCUUUGA